AUGUCGGUGCAGUCAUUUGGUAAUAGUAAUUUAUACAUCCCCCACAAUGUCAAAAAAUUCUGCCCGCAACUAGCCGGGUUUCAAACUCAAUUACCCCGGAUAUUUGUUGACAAAUACGGGGUAACGCUUAGAGGCGGGGAUACUAGUAGUACUUGGCUAAUGGAUCCCAUCUCGGCCAUGAGGGAUAAUAAUCUCUCUGGAAUGAGAGAUAUUCCCCGCAGUCUAGGAAUUGUAAAGAGAGUGAGUGAGUGGAAGUGGAAAGGCUGGGCAUUCCUGGAAUCGAGGAAUCCCUUCAUUGCAGAACUACACUGCCAUGUAUCACCCUCAUCACGAGCACUGCAACAAUGUUGCUUGAUCAAGGCAGUGCCUGAUGUUCUCUCCGUCGGUGUUGCCCGGCAUCGUGAGACUUUUGACCUUGCAGCUCUGUUCUGGAUGACCUCAAGGAAGGGAUAG